AUGUGCCCCGCGCCCGAUCAUGGAGCCUCAGCAAUAGAGGAUUCCCGACCCGACGACCAGCACGACGACGAUACCACCGAGCCAGUCAUCAAGGCUGGCGCCGACAUUCGCACACGAGCCCGUACCAUGACGAGCACCCAAGAGAUCGAUAAUACCAUCAUCCGCCCGGGUUCUGUCCGCAUCAACGUCAAGGGCGCAUUCAUCGUCGACCCAGACUCGAGUUCUCCGAGCAACAAUGGCCGAGGAUCCCCGACCCACCACGAGACGAGCGAUAUUCGCUUGCCGAACCACCACGCUGUCGUGAGCCAUAUUGCCGUUGAUAUUGGCGGUUCCCUGAUCAAGCUCGUCUACUUCACCCGCGAGGCCGGCUCCAAGGAGCCUGGCGGCCGUCUCAACUUCCUCAAUUUCGAGACGGACCGCAUCGACGACUGUAUUGAGUUUAUGCGCCACCUGAAGGACAAGCAACAGACCCUCAAUGGCUCUCGGCCUAGCGAAUUGAGCGUCAUGGCAACCGGCGGCGGUGCCUUCAAAUUCUAUGACAAAAUGCGAGACGUUUUGGGCGUCGAUGUGCUGCGGGAGGAAGAGAUGGAGUGCCUCAUUAUCGGCCUCGAUUUCUUCAUCACCGAGAUCCCUCGAGAGGUCUUUACCUAUAGCGAAACCGACCCAAUGCACUUCGUUUCUCCAUCCGACAACAUCUACCCCUACUUGCUAGUCAAUAUCGGCUCGGGAGUAUCGAUCCUCAAGGUUUCGGGUCCACGCGAUUAUCAGCGUGUUGGUGGUACUUCACUCGGCGGCGGCACGCUUUGGGGUCUUUUGUCCCUCCUAACGGGCGCCCGCACCUUUGACGAGAUGUUGGACGCAUCAGAACAAGGGGAUAACGCGAAGGUGGACAUGCUGGUUGGCGACAUCUACGGCGGCGACUACGGGAAGAUUGGCCUUAAGAGCACUACAAUUGCGUCCUCGUUUGGCAAGGUCUUCCGCAUGAAGCGGACGGCUGAAAACGAAGCAGAGGACCACGGCGGCCUCCACAACGGCGACAAUAAAAACCGCCUGCCAACGAAUCCCGAGGAUGCUGCUGAUGAGAGCCAGCAAGCUGGGGAGCACGCCUCAGACCAACCGUUUUCCAGCGCGGACGUAUCAAGGUCGCUGCUGUACGCUAUUUCCAACAACAUUGGUCAAAUCGCCUUUCUCCAGUCGCAGAUUCAUAAUCUCGACCACAUUUACUUCGGCGGUUCUUUCAUUCGUGGUCACCGCCAAACGAUCAAUACCCUCAGUUAUGCGAUCAAGUUUUGGUCUCAGGGCAAGAAGCAGGCGUACUUCCUGCGACACGAAGGCUAUCUUGGUUCUGUCGGUGCAUUCCUGAAGCGUCAACCUCGCAAUUGGGGCCGACGCGGCUCAUUUGAGGAAGCACAGCACCUUGAGCGCCGGCUCAAGGGUCGUCUGGCGCCACAUGAUCCCGAGAUGCAAAGUUUGGUGGACGACUAUGCCUCGGAGUCGGGAAGGGAGUGA